GUGGCUGUGGGAGGCAGGGUGGGCUGAGCUCGGUCUGCUGUACAAUGCAAUGAGGAAGAACACAGAAGCCGAAAUUGCUGAGCGAUGGGAGAACUGGUUCUGCACGUGCUGAAACACCAAGGAGUGACAGAGUGAGGUAUUCAGUGGAGGAGUGCAGAGUGUGUUGGAAUGUGUGUGGCCUUUUUUACAGAGUUUGGGGUAAGAAAUGGAGCAAGGCUACGUGUUUAUUGAAGGAGUAGAAGACUGUGUGGGUGAUUAAAGGAGUUAAAAGAAGAAAUCUGAGGAGGAGACUGUCCGGGCUGCUCAGAGACAACAGUGGGAAGCAGACUGAAGCCUGGAAGGAACAAGACUGAGAGGAAGGGAGUUUUGGAGGAACUGAGGAUUGACUGAGAAGAAAGGAGUUUUGUGAUACCAACAGGCCAAGAAAAGGAAGGAAACUCUAAAGAAUGGAGUUUUGGUGUGAAGGGGCUACUGAAAGUGGAAGGUGGAAUAGUAAGUGGAACUGGCUGUAGGGGGUGUUAAAGAGGCAGUAAAUAGUAAGACUGUGAGGAGUUUAAUGGUAUUUGAGGGGGCAACAGAAGAAGGAAGGGACUUUGGGUUUUUAAAGAGGCAGCAUGGAGAAAGACUGAGGGAAACUUUUGGGGUACUGAGGGGGAAGGAAAUAGGCUUGGGGAAUUAAAUUGGCAAUAAGAAGAAGAAGACUGCAAGCAAGGAAGUGACAGAAGGAGGAAAGGACUGUAUAAGGUACUAAGGGCACAAGAAAAGGAGAAGGACAUUGGGGAAGGGAAGGUGUCGGGUGUUAAUGGGCAAUUGAAGAAGGUAAGCUGUGAGAAAUGUACUAUGUGGGGUUGUUAACAGGGUAAUAAAGGGAGGAAAAUAGUGAGGAAACGAAUAGAGUGUUAAUCGUAGUAGUGGAAGGGGAAGACUACACAACAAACAUUUUGGGGGUAUUGGGGGCAGGAAAAGCAGGAAGACUGUGAAGAAAGGACGGUCUGGAGUAAUAAAAGGGCAGUAAAGGGCUUGCAAGGAAGAAACUGGGGAUAGUUUACGGAGGAAGUCUGAAAAGACUCAUUUGCGUUGGAAUUUAUGGCAGUUUUGUCUGCGUACAUGAGCAAAAGAGGGUGCAUGAGGUGUCUGCGUCGCCUCGCACCGCUUGUGCCAGUGCUCAUGUUGCUCAUGCUAGCUGUGCCCCAUGCUCUUGCACCAGGGGCUAGCCUGGAUUCUGAAGACUUGGAUUCUGGAGACUCAGAUGCGCAGGUGAUGCUGCUCCUCCUGUGGUGGGCGCCAUUUGGUAAUAAGCCAGCACUCCCAGACUGUGCGAUGAGCUAUGGUGUGCGUGGGUGCACACUGACACAGGACAGGGCUGAAUACUCACGCGCCAAUGCAGUGAUCAUGCACCACCGCGAGCUGGUGCAAGAGCCCGAGGAACUCCCACAGCUCCCGCGCCCUGAGGGGCAGAAAUGGAUAUGGAUGAACUUCGAAUCCCCUUCUCACUCACCCUGGCUGGAUGGUCUGGACAGGCUUUUCAACCUGACUAUGUCCUAUCGCUUCGGCUCUGACAUCUUCUUGCCCUACGGGUACCUCCAGCGUCGUCGCUAUGAAAGUGUUGACAACCCUCCAAUGAACCACCAUGGCAAUAACGUCGGCCUUCCCAUGGGUCGCCGUGGCAGUGACUCUCAGGCAGAUCAGCAUGGCAACAACCACAACGCCCAACUGACAGAUCACCAUGGUAACAACAGCAACCACACAGUAGUUCACCACGGUAACAACUCUCAUGUACGGUGGCAUCAUGAUCAGUCUGGCCUCAGGCACCCGGCAUUGGUCGCCUGGGUGAUCAGCAACUGGAACGAGGAGCAAGAGAGGGUUCAGUUCUACUGGCGGCUUCGCCGUUACAUCCGAGUGGACAUCUAUGGCCGCCGGGCGCUACGUCUGGUCAACGAAAGCGUGCUGCAGACCAUCUCCAACUACAAGUUCUACUUGGCUUUCGAGAACUCCCUCCACACAGACUAUAUUACCGAGAAACUGUGGCAUAAUGCCCUCCAGGCUGGCGCUGUGCCCGUGGUGCUGGGGCCACCACGGGAAAACUACGAGCGCUUCCUGCCUCCCGACGCUUUCAUCCACGUCCAUGACUUCAAAUCGCCCCGGGCACUCGCCGCGUACCUCAUGUACCUUGAUCGAAACCCCACUGAGUAUGGGCGCUAUCUGGCCUGGAGGCGGGACUACAGCGUGCAUGUGGCCUCAUUUUGGGCAGAACAUUACUGUGCUGCCUGCCAGGCUGUGCAAGCCAGCCGCAAACAGAAGAAAACAGUAAAACACUUAGAAAUCUGGUUCAACUCUUGACGGACAUGUUAGAACAAUAACUACAGGACUAGUAUAGGAUGUAGGAAACAUAGGAUUAGUUUGGAUAUACUGGAAUAUGAUGAAUGCAGUUUUACCGAACUGGAGUCAGUGAUUCUCCAUGCUAUUAUGGAAAACCCCUGCCUUGUGUAUUUUGGUGUUAUUCAAACACGACAGAACAAAUCAGCUAACUGACAAGCUGAUUACCGCAGGACCAAGCACUGGCCUAUAUUGACCUACUGCCUGUUACCAGGACUGAACACAAAGAGCUGUCAUUGAGUACAAUUGAGUUGAUAUUUAUAUGAUGCUUUCUAGUACAUUGAAAAGAGUUCAUACACAUUUGUUUACUGUUGUUAAUCAAAUGUAUUGCGGGUUAGUUUGCCAUAGCCAUAUGGCACAUACAAUGCAAAACAUUACAUUAGUUGCAGGUGUUGUUCCUUGUUUCUUUUUUCCUGUUCUAUGCAAAACAUAAUGAUUUGCAUGGUUUCUUUUUGCAUAAAAGAACGAUUAAUUGAAAAAUCAAAUUGACAUUUUGCUCUCCUCAGCCCACUUGAAGUCAAUUGGCCAAGACAUAUUUGGUGUCAAGUUUGCUUCUUCAAUUAAACACUGGAGCCACUGUAGUCAUGAACCAAUUGUUAAGCCUCAGACACAGUAGACAUCAGCAGUUCAGGUUUCUUUGUGAAAUUGGUUGUGGUAGCUGGACAGAAGAUUGGUGAUAAAUAAUCCUGCAUUUUGUCUAAGUCUAUUAUGUGCUAUUAUGACCAGCUACAUUGAGGGGGCGCUAUAUCUGCAGGGGAAAAUGAAGUAGCUGAUACCACAUGUGAGUAGAGAUGGGUCAAGCGGUGACUUAAGAAUACCACAUAAAUAUAUACUUGCAAUAGUACAAUGCUGCACACAACUCUGUAGCAAAAACAUAUAGAUAACUGAUGUGCUGGGCAGCAGUGGGGAAAUGUGUGCAGCUGCAGUUAGCCAAGCAGCUAAUACAGCAGUGAGUAAGCUGGCAAACUCACCUACCAUAAACAGCAGUUUUGUGCCAAAAAUAUAUAGAGAUAACUGGCUUGAUUGGUAACAGUGUGGUGAUUUGUGUGCAGCUGCAGUUAGCCAAGGAGCUAACAUUGCAGGCUGGCAUCUACCACAAAGAUUUAAAGAACAAAUAUAGAUAAAAUAAUACAUUUUCCCAAUUGGCUAUGUAUCAUGCAGUCCCUGUUUCAUGUGUUUGUGUAUGUCAAUUUUUGAAGAACUGUAAAGGGUUUAUGCUUAAAUACAGGUUAAAUUAGCAUUCUGUUCAUUUUGUAUGUGCAGUGCUGAUGGUCAAAGGUUCAAAUUGUCUUCCCUGCUGCAAAAAUGUCAUAGACCUGCAUGGAAAUCAGGACCCGCAUACCUGCAUGCGGAACACACGCUGUGCUUGUCUGUGCUGCCUUUCUAGCAGUGGUUGAGCUCAAUGUGAGAAAUGCUGAUGUGACUGUGCCUUUAUGAUGUAAUGUAUUAGGGGAGAUUUUGGUUUUGGAUGUGGCUUAAAAAAGAUGUAUUCCAACCAUUUUUAUGUGUAUAAACUCCAUCCUUUGGCUGAAGGUGCAUGAGAAACAGUGAACCAGUGAAUCACGGUGAAACCUGAUAGAAC